UUUGUGGCCUUCGAAUUUAAAACCCUAACCAAAACCCUUACUUCAUUUUCUUCGUUCCCAUCCCGAAAUGUUCAAAUUUUCCUCCACGUUUCUUCUACAUUUCAUCCAAAAACGUUUUCUCAAUACCGUUUCUACUUCUACAUUGCCUUUAGCCUCCGUUUCUACCAUCCAAUUCCUCACAAAUUCAUGUGGCCUUUCUUCAGGAUCUCCUAUUUCCAGAGGUCGAAAGCUCCAAUUCGAUGAAAAAAACAUCCAGCAGUACGGAGCCGUUAUCGGUUUCUUCAAAUCACAUGGAUUCGAGAAUUCACAGAUCGCCAAGUUGGUCUCGAGGCAACCUUCAAUCCUUCAAUCCACGGUAUCCACCGAUCUGAAGCCUAAAUUUGAUUUCCUUCAGGAAAUCGGGAUCGUCGGUCCUUUACUUCCUAAGGAAAUGCUUGAAUCGGAUGAAAAGGUAGCUGCUGCUAUUUGUCGUGCUUCGUGGAUUCUAAGUGCUAAUUCCAAGGGUACUAUGCGAUCUAACAUUGAUGUUUUGGUCAGUGAAGGAGUACCUUCUACGAAUAUAGCGAAAAUGAUUGCAUUGAACCCUAGAAGUAUUAUGCGAAACGUUGAUAGAAUUAUUCAUGCAGUGAAAACGGUUAAAGAAUUAGGCGUUGAACCAAAGGAUCGUACGUUUGUUUAUGCAGUUAGUGCAGUGGGUUCGAUGAGUGAUUCAAGUUGGAAGAAGAAAAUAAAUGUUAUGAAGAGUUUAGGAUGGUCUGAGAAGGAAAUUUUUACAGCAUUUAAGAAAGAACCAACUUUUUUAACUUGUUCAGAGGAGAAAAUGAGGGAUGUUGCAGAUUUCUGUUUCAACACUGCAAAGUUGGAUCCAGAAAGUGUAAUUAUUUACCCGAAGUUCUUCCAGUGUUCGGUUGACAAGCGGCUUAAACCGAGGUACAAAGUUUUUGAGGUUUUGAAGGUGAAAAAUCUCCUUAAGAACAAAAACAUUGCUCGGUGGUUUAUACGAGGGGAGAGAGAAUUUGUGGAGAAUAAUGUUGUUAAGCAUUUGGAUGAAAUCCCAAAUCUGAUGGAUAUAUACCGGGGCAAUGACGCAUCCGAAACUAAAUCUGUUUCAUAGGAUUGGAAAGUUGUAAGUUAAAAUGUUCUUAAAGACUAAAUUUGAGCGUCAUGAUCUUCAAAUGGGAGAGCAUUUUUGUUGUUAUUGCGCCUACUCUUCUGUUUCCAAUAACACUGCUUCUCGAGCUUUUCAAAUGGGAGAGUUGUGUUGUUUUUGCAUCCAAAUUAGAGCAGUUAGGUAAAUCUAUUUGGUGUAUAUUUCUUCGUAGACUUGUUAAUCUUGAAUUUGGAGGCCUUUUUGAUUUUUCCUUCCUAACGUUUUACUCUUUCAUUGAUCAUUUGUAAGUUUGUCGGCUAAUUUUGAAUCCAAUGACAUUUGUAAGUUUGUAGACUGAUUUUGAAUCCAAUGGCGAUGUUGAAAUGGGAUGAGAGACAUGAGAGUUGUACAACCUUAUGCUUUGUGUUUUUACAA